GAGCGCACCGGACCUCGAGCUCGGAGACCCCCGAGGGGAGCUGCUACUGGAAAGGACUGAGGCAGCCCAGGGGAUUCCUUCGACAAGCCGCCCACUCGUUACGGUCACCGGAUCUCUCGCAGCACAUGGGGCCCGGUUUUGAGGAUCCGAUAUGCCACACCGUCGAGUAGCCAGCAACGAAGAUGGCGUCGGCGGCUUCACAAGGCAUGGAGUGCGUUUUGUAAUAUGCUCGCACUGAGUGGGUCGCGCUAGGAUUUAGCGGUGUCACGUCAUAUAAUGUCCGGGUGGAAACUCCAGCCAAGCUUAUAGGGACGUUAAAAGGAAAUCCCCCGCGCCCUUGCCAGAGAGACUCCCUUCCCGAAUCUCGACGACAGCUGGAUCAAGCCGGUGUUUCGGUGGCGACGGGCAGGAACCCAGGGGAGCAUCCUGUGCCUCUGUUAUGAAGACCCAUCACCAUGGCUGCUGCUGAAGCAGGAACCUUUUGCCAGUGGUUGUGGCCUAAGGGUCCCUUCUCUGUUAUGUUACUUCUGACAAGUGGUGUCUGCUGUGGCUGUCCCAGAUAGGCUACGACUGGAAGAAGUGCACAGACGACGGACAGACUUCCUUGGCUUAUUGGCUUUGUCAUUUGGGAGCACCCAGAUCCAGCUCGGAGAUGGGGAGGCUGCUAACCACCCCCCUGCUGAUCAAUUUAUUUGGCUCCCUUGUGGGCUUUGUAGCAACACUGACACUUAUUCCAGCCUUCAAGGAUCACUUCAUUGCUGCCAAGCUCUUUGGGAUUGAUUUGAACAAAACUUCCAAGCAACCCAUCCCGGAGUCCCAAGGUGUCAUAAGUGGAGCAGUGUUCCUGAUCAUCCUCUUCCUCUUCAUCCCAGUGCCCUUUCUGAGCUGCUUUGUGGAAGAGCAAUGCAAGGCAUUCCCACACCAUGAGUUUGUGGCCCUCAUUGGCUCCCUCCUCGCCAUUUGCUGCAUGAUCUUCCUGGGCUUUGCGGACGAUGUUCUCAAUCUGCGCUGGCGCCACAAGCUGCUUCUGCCCACCAUGGCGUCCUUGCCCCUGCUCAUGGUCUACUUCACCAACUUUGGGAACACCACCAUUGUGGUGCCUAAGCCCUUCCGGAUGUUGCUGGGCAUGCACUUAGACCUAGGAAUCCUGUACUACGUGUACAUGGGGAUGCUGGCUGUGUUCUGCACCAAUGCCAUCAACAUUCUUGCGGGCAUUAAUGGCCUGGAGGCUGGGCAGUCGCUGGUGAUCGCUGCCUCAAUUGUAACUUUCAACAUCAUAGAGCUAAACGGAGACUACAGAGAUGACCACGUUUUCUCUCUCUACUUCAUGAUUCCCUUUUUCUUUACCACAUUGGGACUGCUGUACCACAACUGGUAUCCGUCCCGUGUGUUUGUGGGCGACACCUUCUGCUACUUCGCCGGCAUGACCUUUGCUGUGGUGGGGAUCCUCGGGCAUUUCAGCAAAACCAUGCUGCUCUUCUUUAUCCCACAAGUGCUCAACUUCCUCUAUUCAUUGCCACAGCUGUUCCACAUCAUUCCUUGCCCACGCCAUCGGCUGCCCAGAUUCAAUCCUGACACAGGAAAUCUAGAGAUGAGCUAUUCCAGAUUCAAGCCCAAGAACCUCUCUCCCUUGGGAGCAAAUAUCCUCAAGAUAUCUGAGAAACUCCAUCUAGUGGAUGUGCAUCAAGGAGUGGACAAAGAUGGAGAAUUCACAGAAUGCAACAACAUGACGCUCAUUAACUUUGUGAUAAAGCUUAUAGGACCAACCCCUGAGCGAACCCUGACCCUUCUGCUGUUGCUGAUGCAGGUUGUGGGGAGCAUCAUCGCCUUUUCUAUCCGGUACCAGCUCGUGCGGCUGUUCUAUGACGUCUGAGCUGCCCUUGCCCUGUUGGUGCUUGCUGGUGGACUGCCUCGCAGCUCUCUCCCACAUGGCCCAUAGCUGCACUGGCCCCAGGGCAGUCAGCCUUCCUUCUCAGGAGGGAGAAAGGCUUCUGGGAGGACUUUGGGGGUGCACUGAUGUCUUGUGGGCUUUUGUAUCCAUUUGGAGAGCAUCUGUUGCUGCUGCUGCUACUCCUGUUAUAGGAACUGCACUUUGUUUGUAUGUCAGUACUCUCUCUCUCUCUCCUGUGUACUGACAGGGGAGGAUACGCCAUAAUUUGGGGUGGCAGGAGGGUUGGCUUUUGAAUAUUUUUCUGCAGUGGAGCAUUGUGCUGCUACCCUGAAACACAAACAGAAGCAAACAGGCAAAAAAAUGCAUGUAAACAGAACUCAGCUCUCCCUAUUGCAGUGCUCCCCACUUUCCCUGCAUCUUUUGUCCUUCAAGUCUCAUGCUAUGAGAGAGAGCGAGAGAGAGCUACUUUAUGCUCUAGGAGUAAGUGUGUGUGUCCCUCCACAACAGAAGGAAGCAACUUCCCCCUUCAGGCUACCUGUAAGUACUUGAGCAAGGCUUCACUGUCAAAAUCUUGAUAGAAUCAAAGCACCAGACGGCUCUGAUGGGGGCUUGGGCUUUGCAAUUGCAGUUUC